AUGCAAGAGUUAUUAUUGGAGCACGUACGUCUUGCAGAGAAGCCUCUAAAAGAGCUUCCACGGGGACAGAAAACAAGAUGUUUGAAGGAUUUAUCUGAGCGUACGUGUCCCGAUUCGUUCUCGAAUCGGUUGACAAGUUCCACGGGGAAUGUGAAAAGUGCGCGACGCCUGUGUGUCACGUACGGUGUGUCGCUGGCCCUCGGGUUGGAGGCAGGCGGUUGGGGCGCCCUGGUGGAACGCACGAGCGGCGGAAGCGGCGGUUCCCUGCUAGGUCACGGCGGUUUCGCCGGUCUGGCGGGAUUGGCGCGUCGUUGCGGCGUCUGUCUGGCUACGUUCCCUUCCGCCUGGUUGCUGGAACGGCACGCGUUGCUGCAGCACGCCGGCCAAGCCAGCGAUGACAAACCGUUCACCUGCGAGCAAUGCGGCCAACGCUACCGUUACCGCUCCGCUUACGUGAAACACCGGGAGCAGAACCAUCGGGCCCGCUUGCCGGCCGACAAGCUGUUCACCUGCGACGUCUGCGGCAUGCAGUUCAGAUACCUCAAGUCCUUCAAGAAGCACCGGCUGAACCACGCGUUGGAACGACUGCAACGUGCCCCGGAGCCGCAGAGCAGCGGCGGCGCCAUGUCCGUGUCCGCGGCCGCGGAGAGGAGCGACCAGGUGUCCAGCACCGGGGAACCGUCGCAGGUGGAGACGGGUAGCGACACGACCACCAACCCCGGCGAGGAGGAGGAGACGCGCGGCACGUUCGCUCGCGAGAACGCCCGCGAGGAGAGCGUCUCGGAGACGGCCAGCGUGCAGGAGAACCCCGGCGAGGCGGUCGAGGUUCAGAUGACCGAGGCGAGCGCUGGUACCACGACCGGGAACAGCGGGUCGGCCGGCGGUACUAGCGAGGUGGGCGAACCGGACGACAACGCGGUGGACGACGAUCGUUCGGAGCACACGGACCCGGUGAUCAGCCUGGCGCGCAGCAGCCACGAGGUGGACAGGCGCGAGCGUCGCUUCGCUUGCCCCUUCUGCGGUAAGUGCGUCCGUUCGAAGGAGAACCUGAAGCUCCACGUGCGUAAGCACACCGGCGAACGGCCGUUCGUCUGCCUGUUCUGCGGCCGCGCGUUCGGCGGCAAGAGCGACCUCACCAGGCACCUUCGCAUCCAUACCGGCGAGAGGCCAUACCACUGCGAGAUGUGCGGCAAAUGCUUCGCCAGGGCGGACUACCUGUCCAAGCAUCUCACCACGCACAUACACCAACGCUAA